CUUUCCAGUUUGCGGGUAAUGCGGAACCUCUGUUUGUGGUAACGUGGUUCCGCUCAGCGAUAGGCCGGAAAUAUUUAACCGUUACACGCAAAGCUCUAGCGUUUCCGGCCAGCUCAGCGCAUCAGCCCUGUGGUGUUGUCAGUUUACAGCCUGUCAAACACGGCUCCCAGGUACCUGUGACACUUCGUGGGCAAGCGGACGAACCCCCGGACAUCGCGGAGAGAUGGUGCUGCUGACGAUGAUCGCUCGGCUGGCUGACGGGCUGCCGCUAGCCGCCUCGAUGCAGGAGGACGAGCAGGGAAGUGAAAAGUUGGGUAGGGACCUUCAGCAGUAUCAAAGUCAAGCCAAGCAGCUCUUCAGGAAACUCAAUGAGCAGAGUCCCACGCGCUGCACUUUAGAGGCUGGUUCCAUGGCAUUUCACUAUUUUAUAGAGAAAGGAGUGUGCUACCUUGUGCUGUGCGAAGCCAGCUUUCCCAAGAAGCUGGCCUUCGCUUACCUAGAAGACCUUCAGGCAGAGUUUCACGAGCAGCAUGGAAAGAAGGUCCCCACGGUGUCCCGGCCCUACUCCUUCAUUGAAUUUGACACCUACAUCCAAAAAACCAAGAAGUCGUACAUUGACAGCCGGGCGAGAAGGAAUCUGGGCAGCAUCAACACGGAGCUCCAGGACGUACAGAGGAUCAUGGUGGCGAACAUAGAGGAGGUGCUGCAGAGAGGAGAGGCUCUCUCUGCGCUCGACUCCAAGGCCAGCAAUCUGUCCAGCCUGUCAAAGAAGUACAGGAGCGACGCCAAGUAUCUGAACACCCGCUCCACCUAUGCCAAGCUGGCAGCCGGCGGUGUCUUUUUCAUCAUGCUCAUUGUCUAUGUACGCUUCUGGUGGCUCUGAGAGGAUAAAGAAAGAAAGUGAGAGAAGAAGAAGAAGAAGAAGAAGAAGAAGAAGAAGAAGAAGAAGAAGAAGAAGAAGGUAUUGGAGUGGAAAAUGAGCUGCACGGAGUCUGCAGACACGACAAAAAGCUGAAAACCUUUGACUGAAAAACAGGAUCCCUGCUCUUAAUGAGACUCUGCAGACAUACCACCGCCCAUUUUAUUCUCGCCUGUCCAUGGAUGUGUGAUCUGAAUAUAAAUGAUGUCAUAAUACAUAGUUUUAUUAUUAACAAAUAUACAGUAAUGCGCUAGUAGUUGCCCUGGAGAAAAGGAAACGAGUGAAUGUGUGCGUGCGUGCUGAUUGUGUUUGUUUUCAAAGGCGAUUGUUGGUGAUUGGUUGUGAAGUCUGGAGGAAAAAUGAAGAGAAAUUUCCUGUUAUAUCUUCUUUUCCAAAGCUGUACUGUACUGUAACAGGUCUGAUUAAAUCUUGUAUACUGUCUUGAUAAUACAGAAAAGAGCAAAAGAAAAAAAAAACAAUCCAAAAAAAACACACACAUAACUUUAUUUAUCCUGAGCACAGCAUAUGGGUAUCUGCAUUCAUUAACAUUAUAAUCACAGUAGUAAUGGCUUGAUGGGCCUGCACAACGUACAGUAGUACCACAGUUAAGGAAUCUUUGGGAAACGUGGGAUUCAUUCUUAGGCUGGUGAUUAGGCUUAGCAACAACAUAGGAAAAGUAAUUGAAGAAAACAGUUUUUUUUAUUAUCAUGCUUAUUAUUAUUAUUAUUACAAUUAAUAUUGUAUGGAAGCCUUUGGAAUCCCAAAAUGCCAUUUCACAUGUGUCUAAUUUAGCAAUUUUCUCAUUAUGGGAUGUUAGUGACUUAAUAAGGGACUGUACAAAAAUAUUUGGGAUGUUGGAGGUGUCAGGAAGGUGAUGUGUUUUUUUUUUUUUUAUGUUUAUUUGCUCAAGUGAAGGGUUGACCGACUUCUUAUUUACAGCACAGUCUAACCAUCCCCAAAUGUGCUUCUUUAAAGUUUAUAUUAGAUUACAUCUGUAAUCUCAGACUGGAUCCCAAAUUCUGAAUGCAGUUUCUUUCCAAAGGGAAGGGCCUGAAAGGAAAUAUUUAUAACACUGUGGAGGGAAGUGUUUUUAUAAAAACUGAAACAUGGGAUUCAAACCCACCUCCGACCCUCAUCGUUUUCGUACAGUCCCUAACUUAACCUCAACUGAGUGUGUCCAUUUCCUUUUAUGCUCUCUUCCACUUUUGACUGUGUGGACCAGCACCUUUCUGUUAGCAGGCAUUAAAAAAAAACCUGUCUGGUCCUUUUUAUUUUGUAUAAAGUUUACACAUGUAGACUCAAUUGGAAAGUGAAGCUGAGAGUCACAGGUGUGUUGUUCAGCCAACGUCUGCUCGCGGCUGGAGACGACGCCUUCUCUUUUUCUGUUCUGUCUGCUAUCUAUGAAUAAAAUCAUUUGCACAAAA